AUGCAAAUACAUAUGGGAAUAGCAGCACUUAUGAACUAUAAACUGGAUGAAAAUGAUGCGGAAAAACGUGAACAGCAAAGAUUAGCACAGAAAUUGGAUGAUGAUUCGGCAGCUAUCUGUAAUGAUAUUAAUCCCAGCAGUGGAAUGGAUAAAAUAUAUUUUACACCAAAUGAAUUAUUAUACGAAGCAACAUGUGCAGAUGUAAUUUCAUCAACAUUAUCAUCGUCAUCGCCAGAAAAAUCAAUAACAAUGAUCGGUGUACCGGAUUCGGAAUUUUCCACUGAUAAUGCAACUAGUAACAGUACUGAUAAAUGUCACAAAGAUAGUAACAUUGAUAACACUGAUAAUAUUGAAGCUAAAGUGCUAUGUCAAUGUCAAUCACAUUUAGGCCGAAUAUUUCUAGAUGAAGUUUAUCCAUUAACAACAGAACAACUGUUUACCAUACUUUUUUCACCCAUACCAUGGUAUCAACAUUUUGAUGAAAUUGUCAACAAAACAGCACAUGGAAAAACGCUUAAUAUAGUAACUGGUUAUAUGGCAACAUCAUGGGUAACAGAAAAUCCUACUGUUACCACUCGAACAGUAACCUAUAACAUGGCACUAAAUAACGCUUUAGGUCCAAAAAGUACGUCAGUUACUGAAAAACAGACAUGUCACUCAUUUCACGAUACCGACAAAGGAUUUAGUAUAAUGAAAGAGAUUCAAAACGCUGGCAUACCAUACGCUGAUAAUUUUGCCAUUCAAUGUACUUAUUGUAUAAUUCGGGCAGGUAACAUGCAUUCCAGGUUACUUAUACAUGGCACAAUAAUACAAAAGAAAAAUAUUUGGGGUAUUGUUAAAGGAAUAAUUGAAAAAAGCACGUAUAGUGGAUUAGGAACGCAUUAUACUGUAUUAAAAGAAACAUUAAAAUUACUGUGUGAUGAAUCACUUGAGGUAAAACAAUCUACCGUAUCGGAAUGUGAAACAAGCAAUAAUUUGUUACCAAACAAAUUAUUAAAUCGGUACGCUAAUAUUGAUAUUUCAUUUCUCUCUACUAAAAUUUCACGAAUUGGAAAAUGUAAAAAAAUAAAUAAAUGUUUAUAA